GCGGUCAUGUUUCAAGGUAUGAAAAGUGGCGAUGAAAUGAUUAUGACUGUACGAAUUAUUGGAUGCAUCGAUCAACGUGAUUGCCAUUUGAAUCACAUCAAUUGUGAUGACGAUCAAUCGCACAUUACGUCGAACCGAAUUCGACGUCAAAUUGCAAAUGAUACAAACGUUGAUAAAGCAACAGAGCCUCUAGUCGAUGUAUCGAAUAUAUCAUUUCGUGUUGUGAUGCCGACAGAUUUUCAACGGGUCAAAUCAUUCAGUCACGCAACGGUCAAUAACAAUGGCGAAAUUGCACUGGUCGUCACAAUUGCUGUUGUUAGUUUUCUAAUUGUAAUUGUUUUAAUUAUUAUUAAGCAACGGGCGCAUCGCACACUUUUUGUAUGGGAUAAAUACUAAAUGUAAAUUCAUUUCUCUUCGCAGAAUUUUAUAA